AAGUGGCGGCGGAAGUGGCGGCCGGUGCGCUGAGGGGCUUUGCCGCGGGCGCCGGCUGCCAGCCCCGGGAUGGCGGCAGGGGGGAUGUGGCCGGGUGUGCUUCGUUGUGCCGAGUACGGGCAGGGCGCGGCUCGGUGCCCUGCGGCAGCGUGAGCUCCGGUGCCUGUAGAGCGACCUUGGUGAGGAGCCCGGUUGCCUGGGCCCCGCCGCCCGGUGAAGGAGCCCGGUCGGUUGAGCCCCGCUGCCCAGUACAGUUACGCUUUGAUAAACCCCGGUGUCCGCCAACUGAGGCCGCGGUGGCUCCCCCCGCCCAUCCCCGCCAUGGCGGGCCGGGGGCCCUCAGGCAUCCGUCGGGCGCUGGUGGUGCUGGUAGCCACGCUGGGCUGGCUGCUGGCCCUCCAGUUGCUGCUGGACUUGCGGGCGCUGGGGCUGCUCUGCGGGAUGCUGGCGGCACUGGGAGGUUGGCUGGGCCCCCGGGCCCUCAGCCCCCCCGGCCGCCGGUUGCGGCUGGAACGUUUUGUCACCUCCCUGCGGCCCCAGCCCCACUGCCCGGCGGACAAAAGGCGGCUGGAGAGGGAGAUCGCUGGCACCGUCCGCAAAGUGGUGCGGGAUUUCGUCGCCUCCUGGUACCGCACCGUCAGCAGCGAGCCGGCCUUUGAGGCUGAGGUGGAGAAAGCCAUGAUGGGGCUGGCCGCCGAGCUGAGGCGGCGGAUGGGGCGAGUGGAUCGCCAAGCUCUAGCCCACCGCCUCCUCCUCCUCUGCGGGCACCACUUGCAGAGCUACCUGCGGGCCCGUGAGGCCCUGAAGGCUGAUCCCGAGGGCUUGUGGCGGGAGUACAGCCGGCUGGCGGGGUCGCAUCCUGCCCUCCGCAGCCCAGCGGCUGAGGUGGGCUACGCCCGGGCUGCUGUGGAGACGUUGCUGCGGGCGCUGGUGCCCUGGCCCCACCUGGAGACACGGACGGGGCGUUUUGUGGUGGUGGAGCUGGUCGCCUGCAACGUGCUGCUGCCGGCCGUCAGGAAGAUGGCCGAUCCUGACUGGAUCAACUUGCUCCUCGUCGGGGCUUUCUCCAAGAAGCCUCGGGGUGAGGAGCCCCACCCUGCGCCCCCAGUGCCCGAUUGCUUGCCCUUUGCAGUGCAGCUGGAUGCUGCCCCUGCCGGGCUGCCCCCCUCCCCGAGGGCCACAGAGGUGCCCAGGCAAGAGGCAGGGGCUGCAGGCGAGGAGGGAGAGGAGCUGGUGAGCGGGCUGUGCCACACAGAGGAGCCCUUCCUUCGCCCACAAGCCCUGGGCUCCCUUUUCCCUUGCGAGAGUAUGGAGCUGGAGUCCCCCGCGCCUGAUGCAGGCCAGGACACGGACCUGCUGGCACCAUCACCCGCCAGGGAGUUCCUUGAUGAACCCCUCCAGGACACCUCCAGUGUGCUGGAGGGACCGGCCGCUUCGGAGGAUGGCAUGGGGGAGCUGGAGGAGGGCACUGCCACCAGCUCGGAUGCUGGCCUGCUUCCCACCUCUGCUUUGCUGCUGAACUCCUGCCCUGACAUCCAGAUCGACCCGGCUGUUGAGAAGGAAGAGGAGAACCCAGCUGCCUCCAAGAAAUCCUCCUCGCAGAGGCCUUCCAGCUUGGGGAAAGAUCUGGGGGCAGCAGAGGGCCCACCACAAAGCCCCCUAGACCCCGGGCAGACUCUGCCCCUGCUCUCAUCCUCCCCAACAGCUUCCAUCAGCACCUUCAGCUUCGAGCCCCUCAGCAGCCCCGACGGGCCGGUCGUCAUCCAAAACCUGCGGAUAACUGGGACCAUCACCGCCCGAGAGCACAGUGGGACUGGCUUCCACCCCUACACCCUGUACACCGUCAAGUAUGAGACAGCCCUGGAGGGCGAGAGUGCGGGCAGCCUUCAGCAAAUGGCUUACCACACCGUGAACCGCCGGUACCGGGAGUUCCUCAACCUCCAGACCAGACUGGAGGAGAAACCAGAGCUCCGCAAGUUCCUGAAAAACAUCAAAGGCCCAAAGAAACUGUUCCCUGAUCUCCCAUUUGGAAAUAUGGACAGCGAUAAAGUGGAAGCCAGAAAAAGUCUGCUAGAAUCUUUCUUGAAGCAACUGUGUGCGGUCCCCGAGGUUGCAAACAGCGAGGAGGUGCAGGAGUUCCUCGCCUUGAACACCGAUGCCAGGAUCGCGUUUGUCAAGAAGCCCUUCGUUGUCUCCAGGAUUGACAAGAUCGUUGUCAAUGCCAUUGUGGACACUUUGAAGACGGCAUUCCCCAGGUCAGAGCCCCAGAGCCCCACGGAGGAUCUUAGCGAGUCUGAAGUGGAUGGGAAAUCUCAGACAGAUGGGAAGAAGGCUAACAAGUCCAGGCUGAGAUUCUCAUCCAGUAAAAUUGCUCCAGUGCUGAGUGUGAGUGAAGUGCACGACAGGAUCGUGUACUCGAUCAGGGAGGGCAGCACUGUCUCUGGCACCCUGUCACUGGCAGCGAUGGAGUCCUUUAUCCAGAAGCAGGAGAAGCUGCUGGAGGCCGUCCCCAGCAAGGCUUCCGAAGGCAACGGAGGCAGAGAAGCUAAAGAAGACUCCCUGCAGGAGGAUAUCAACAGGCCGGGCACAUCAGAGCAGGGGGCACAUCCAGACAGGGACUCUGACUCUGAGACAGCUUUGGCUGACCUGGCCCUGGAUGUGCUUCGUCUGCUGCUGAUGGAUCACUGGAGCUGGCUGUGCACGGAAAACAUGCAGAAGGUCUUCCACCUGCUCUUCGGGACCCUCAUUCAAAGGUGGCUGGAAGUCCAGGUGGUCAACCUGACCUGCACCCAGCGUUGGGUCCAGUACCUCCAGUUGCUACAGGAAUCCAUCUGGCCUGGAGGAGUUUUACCAGCAGUGCCUAAACCAGCCAGGACAGAGGAACAGAAGAAAGCAGCAGCAGAGCAGGCCCUGCAGAGCCUGAUGGGGAUCUUACCUAAUGUGAUCCAAGAAAUCCUUGGAACCAGUAAAUGUCGGAUGAGCUGGAACCUGGUUUUGGAGUCCCUGGGCCAGCCUGUGAUAAACAGGCACCUGGUUUUCUGCCUCUUGGACGUUCUGCUGGAGUUCUUGAUGCUGAAGGGCUCCAGCGAUGAGCUCGAGACCGCAGCUGUCGCGCCAUCUGCGUCUAGUGGCCUGGACAAAGCAGGCAUUUCAGCACAUUAACCAGGGCUGGUGUAGCCAGCAGUGGAGGAGAGAAGCAGCCACAGGCAUGGGAUGAUUUGAUUUUCAGUGUUUACUGAACAUGUCUGAGAGCUUCUUGUAAAGAAUUUUUCCAGCCAGUGCUAAAUGAGGCUGCUUCCAGGCUUCUCUGUUUUGGCUGGGUGAUGGAUUAAACCCAGUGUCAGGGGCUGAAGAUGCUUUUCCACUGUGUAGCAUCUGUUCCACUGCUGACCUGAUGGAGAGCCUGGAAUGAAGAUGCCAGACCUCUGCUGAGCUGGACAGCGUGAGAAGGAUAUGCAGGCUGCCCACAAACCCUGUUGUCUCGCCCCACAUUUCUGACCAUCUCUAACAACUAAAGGCAGACAGCACAGAAGAUUUGCUUUUGUGGCCUCAGGCUCUGACACUGGCACGCAGAGACUUGAUGUGAUGAUAUCUCUUCGAUAGAUGUUUCUCCAGGACAGGUGAAGGGAGGACCAAACGCUCUCCCUGCUCUCUAAGCAGCCUGCCCCUUGCUUACACAGCACCAUCCGUUUUACCAGAAGGAAGACGGGGAGAGAAUGGAGCAUGGAGAUGUGGUGAUAGCCCUGAAGUCAGUCAGGGACCCAUCCCCACCGCCCACACAACUGGGAGGUCGAAAGCAGUGCAGAAAUCAAAGCUGCUGUCCUGCCUUAGGGACAGAGAUAAGCUGCCUCCCGCUGCAAAUGCUCUGAUUUGGUUUUUUUCUGGCAUCUUUUGGUGCAAGUAGACUGUGAUCGUGGAAAAGAGAAUUGACCCCGGGCUAAAGAGGAAUGGUAGCUUAGCUGGACUUUAGGAUUACCGUGUAUUUUGCCUGCUGAGUCGUGUUUUAGUCCCAGACACUGUCACCUGGAAGGCGCAGGUGGAAAGGACGUGUGACACCCAGCGAGUAAGUCAGCUCCCACACGGAAGUGCUUGUCACAGCAAGCUCUGGAGGAGGAGCGAGCACCUCGGAGCCCAGGAGGGAUCCCAGCCACAUGUCAUGGACAGCCAGCAGGUUAGACCACAGCAACGGGCUUGAGAACACCACCUUCGCUCUCGUGGGGAUUGCUACGUCGCCAUGCUUGGGUUUACUAUUGCGACAGCUGUGUGCAAAGGGCUCUAGAAAGCUUGUCGGGUCCCAGUGUCCAGUGCCACCCGGCACAGAACGGCAUAUCCAUUUGGCAGCUGCUUUUCCAGGUCAUCCAAGACAGGUGUGGUUUUGCAAGCUUGUGCUGCCCAGCUGUCAGGCUUGUGACCGGGCAAAUGGACACGGAGAAUAAGGACACAGAGAAUAUGCACCAACAGACCAGUUUGGUGACCUGUAUCGGUGUAAUUCCUGGGAGAAAUAUGAACUGACCAGCGCUGGACUUUGCUGAUCAAGGGGGUACUGGCAUUGUCUGUAGAUUAAGGUGCUUCAAAGAGAAGACCUCGGAAGAGGGAAGCGUGGAGGAUCACAGCUAGUGUCCGUGUGACAGUACCAAGUGGUGCAUUUCACACAGCGCGCUGUUUCUUGGAGCUGGAUCCUCUGUGGCAUGUUUGGGGAGAAGGCUGUGCAACUCCAGCAUGCCUACUGCUGAGAGCAGAGGCUCUGCUUUUUCCAGAGGGAGCUGCUUAAUAACGGACACGCAGCUGCUUGUGUGCUUCUUCCUGCUUCUGUUGUCUGUGUGCAUGUAUUGCAUGUGUGAAAAUACAGGGGAGGAUUAGCUUGCUGCUAGCAGGUGUAUUCUUAGGGAGCUCUAAGGACAUCCCAAGACUAGGCAGAAUCCAUUGUAAUGAAGCAAAGCAGUUUUGCAUCGCUUACCAGAGCCAUUUCUCAGCAGUGACACUUCUGAGGUGGCAGACUUGGCACCUGCUUGGAAAAGGAGGCGGUGGGUGUGUUAAGUAGCUUAAGAGUAGAUUAGGCAAAGUGUUGGAGAAUGCUCCAUAUGGGAUGAUCCCAAAUGGCCAAGGAGCAGGUUGGGAUGCAGGCUCCUGUUUCCCUUCUUUUUCCUACUACUUCCAUUUACUACAUCACCUGUCUUGAGGAGCAGGAGCAGGAGCGAUCAGCCAGCGUUGAUGUAACGUAGCCCUGUUGUUCUUGGUGGCUUCCCAGAUGCUCUUGGUGUGCUUCCUUGCUUUCAUUUGAUGGGUUUGGAGCUCCAAGGUUGUGCUCUGUCAUUGAUUAGGGAUAUCAUUAAGAGGCUGUUUGCUGAAAAGGCUCAUUCAGAGAUGGACUGUAAAACAGGCGCGGCCAGCUCCACAUGAGAGCAAAGGUCUAGCACAGCCCUUACAGACACUGGAUGUGAUGUUGGAAGGACAAGCUUAGAUUUCUCCUUUGCCAGGAAGCCCUAACAUCCUUAACCCUGACCUCUGACGUUCUGCAAAUGACUCAGUAUUCAAUCCUCCUGAUGGAAAGAAUUUGCGAUUUCUGCUGGUAGGCUCUGAGGAGGACAGCUUGAGAGCCGGCACUUCGCUGGGAUGGCACAGCAGUGAUUUGGGGUCGUACCAGACAACUGCGUGGUCUCUGCACCUUUCACUCGGGGGGCCUCGAAGCCUGCACUUCGCUGACUUGCCAACAUGGCAAAGUAGCAACAUCUCCUCUGAGUUUACGUGGGAGGAGCCGGGGCAGGGAGAGAUGAAGUAGGUUUACUUGCACACACUCUAAAGUCAGCGGCUGACUUGGGAGCAGACCCCAGGAGUUCGGAUUGCAAGAUCUUUGUUUUAAUCUCCAGAACCCCUUUUCUUUCCUUAAAGCAAGGAAAACAGAAACCAGGGUUGCCAGAGCCCUUUCUCAUGCUCUUACUGGCUAGGCUUCAAACUCCCAUUCCCCUUCAUAGAUCUUAGUUCAUUCUCACAGCUGAGGUGAAGCUGCCCAGGAACAGCAUAGGAACAAGUAGCCCCUCACUGUAUCUCGUUGUUAAGGCAUACAAAAUCCAAUAAAAAGCUCAGCUUUCUUCUAAUGCCAGUUCUUUGCCUCACUCUAAUUUUUCAGAUUAAAUUGAGCAUGACAGCGGCAAAGGCAAACUUCUGCAUUCAGGUGGGCUGAGAGUUUAUUUCCAUUGGACUAAGACUAGAAAUACCACUUUGGUAAAACAAACAAGGCCAACAGAAAAACUUUAACUCACUCUGUGUGUGAUACUCCCAUCAAGCUCCCUUUUCCCUGCAGGAAUUUGUGCAGAAGGCUUUAGCCACCUCUUGCUAAAGGGAGGGUGGUGACGGCAGUGAGAUUUGAUCUCAGAAAAAAAAGUUGCAGGCUUUUGUCGUAUUAGCUAUAGGGCAAACGGUGCAGGGUUCAGGUGGGUGCUCAGCUCUCGAGAUCCUACUGGACACCUGCAAUCUGCUUCCAGCCCAUUGCUUGCUGACUGUGUGGCAUUGAGGAAAGCAAUUAGUUUCCCCCAGUGCUGGCUCGUUAGACUGCAAGCUCCCUGGAAGCAGGGACCACUUGUGUGUGUGUACAACACAGAGCGUGGUGGUACAGAACUUCAAGGCCACCCCCAUAAGCUAAAUAGCAGUUGUGUUGAACCAGAGCUUGGGUUUUUUGAUGGUGUUUAUGGGGAAAAAAAAAAAAAGAGUGCCACCUUGCACUGACUCCCCGUUGUAUUUGCUGUAUUCAAACCCUUGUAUCAGCUGCUUGUGGAUGCAGCCAUUCAUGUCGGUGUAGAAAAGCACUGUCCUGAGAACCUGUUUUGUUGUUCAAAGGGGAGCAAAACGGUGCUCCCAAGCACUUGUGACUUACGUUCUGACUCGGUGUACAAUAACACUCUGUUUCAAACUUG